GAAGUAAUUACACUUGACUUGAUCACGUGACAGGGUUACAACAUCUUUCCCGCGUAAAAGUACCGCUAAGCCAUCAUAAGUGGCGUUGAAACGUGUAUUGAAUUGUUUGGAGUUUAUUUAUUUUAAAACUAAUGAUAACUGUGAAGUUUUAAAUAUUUUUGCAAGUAAUUUUUAUUUUGUUCAUAAUUUUUUAAUAAUUGAUAGCUAUUUUUUCGUUAAAAGUGCAGAAAACUUAAAAAUUACAAUAAACACUGUGACUAACGCUACUUGGUCAUACAUAAAACAAUAAUUACUUUUUGUUUAAUUAAACUGUGCCAAAAAAAUAGCAAAAAUGGAUGUAGAUCAAAGGGUAAAAGAUAUGGAACGAGAGUAUCUCGAUUUUCUAGACGAUGCUGAAGAUCAGGGAAUUUAUUCAAAUUUAGUCAAAAACAUGAUCGAAGAAAAUAAAUACCGACUUUUUGUCAAUAUCAAUGACUUGAGACGGAAAAAUCCUCAACGAGCUAUCAACUUGCUUGAAAAUUCCUUCGAAGAACAGAUGGCUUUUCAAAAUGCAUUGAAACAAUUUAUUUCUACCCUUGACACUGAUUACGCUAAAGGAAAUGUCGAUUUUUUUAUUGGGUUUGAAGGAAGUUUUGGUAACCGUCAUGUUACCCCAAGAACACUGACCUCUAGAUUCUUAUCCAACCUCGUCUGUGUUGAAGGAAUCGUCACUAAAUGUUCAUUGGUAAGACCAAAAAUAGUUAGGAGCGUGCACUACUGCAGUGCUACAAAAAGUGUUAUGGAACGAGCUUACACCGAUUUGACGUCUUACGAUGCUUUUCCUGGAUCAGCAGUUUAUCCUACUGCGGACGCUGAUGGCAAUCCAUUGGAAACAGAGUUUGGAUUGUCGACGUACAAAGACCACCAAACUCUUUCAAUUCAAGAGAUGCCUGAAAAAGCACCUGCCGGACAAUUACCACGAAGUGUCGAUAUUGUUUGUGAUAACGACUUGGUUGAUUUAUGCAAGCCAGGAGACCGAGUACAGAUUGUCGGAAAUUUUCGUUGUCUUCCAGGAAAGCAAAACGGAUAUACCAACGGUACUUUUAGAACUAUUUUGAUCGCCAAUAACAUAACUCAGUUGAGCAAAGAGGCCACCUUGACGAUAUCCCACGACGAUGUAGCGCUGUGUAAAAAAUUAGCAAAGCACAAUCCACGGAAAGAUAUCUUCGAAUUACUCAGCAGAUCAUUAGCUCCCUCAAUUCACGGUCACGCGUACAUAAAAAAAGCAAUUCUGUGCUUGCUUCUCGGAGGUAUUGAAAAGAUUCUUCCAAACGGAACGAGGCUCAGAGGAGAUAUAAAUAUUCUGCUAAUUGGAGAUCCUUCAGUAGCUAAAUCUCAAUUGCUGCGAUACGUUCUCUGUACAGCACCGCGAGCUAUUCCAACAACAGGUCGUGGAUCAUCAGGUGUUGGUUUGACAGCUGCAGUUACUUCUGACCAAGAAACAGGUGAAAGAAGACUUGAAGCUGGUGCCAUGGUGCUUGCUGAUCGAGGAGUCAUUUGUAUCGAUGAAUUUGACAAAAUGUCCGACAUUGACAGAACUGCUAUCCACGAAGUCAUGGAGCAGGGGAGAGUUACCAUUGCUAAAGCUGGUAUUCACGCGAGUUUAAACGCUCGUUGCUCCGUUUUGGCCGCUGCUAACCCAGUGUACGGUCGCUACGAUCAGUACAAAACACCCAUGGAGAAUAUUGGACUUCAGGAUUCCUUGUUAUCACGUUUUGAUUUGCUGUUUGUCAUUUUAGAUCUCGUUGAUCCCGAGCAGGAUCGUAUUAUCAGUGACCAUGUCGUCAGAAUGCACAGAUAUCGCAACGCGAAUGAACAAGACGGUGAAGCUUUGCCUCUCAACAGUAACCUUGAUAUUUUGAGUACCAAAAAUCCAGACGCUGUUGAAGUGGAAGACGAGAACGAGAGCCCGAUCUACGAGAAAUAUGACCCGCUGUUACAUGGAAAAUCGCGAUCUAAAACAGAUCAAAUACUCAGUAUUAAAUUUAUGCGAAAGUAUAUUCACAUUGCCAAGUGCAUGAAGCCAAAGCUAACCGAGGAAGCCAGUAAAACGAUUGCUGAUGAGUACUCACGUCUCAGAUCAGAGGACAUGGUGGAGUCUGAUGUAGCGAGAACCCAACCGAUAACUGCGCGUACUCUUGAAACGUUGAUUCGUUUGUCGACGGCCCAUGCUAAAGCGCGUCUAUCCAAAACUGUCACUGUAGACGAUGCAAAUGCUGCUAUUGAACUUGUCCAGUUUGCGUAUUUCAAACGAGUGCUUGAGAAAGAAAAGAAGAAGCGCAGGAGACGAGAAAGUGAGAUGAGCACUGACGGUGAAACUGAAGAACCUAGGAAGACUAAGCGCAGCAGAAGAGAUCGCGAUGCAACUGGUGAAGAUGGUCAUGAUCCCUACGAAUAUGACAGCGAUGAUGAUUCCCAUGUUGACGAGGCUGUCAGGAAAGUAACGCGCUCUCAAACUGCUACCCUGGAAACUCCGAUUGAAGAAGAAGAUGAAGCAGCUGUCGCUAUGGCUGAAGAGGAAACACCGGCUGUUAUUACUGAUAGCAGAUUACAGACGUUCCAGAGCUUGUUGCAUAAAUUGUUCCAACAACAACGUUCGCAAGCUCUUCCUCUGGAAAAAGUCAAAGAGUUUGUUAAUAAAAACCAUAGCCCCGAAUUCACUGGCGGAGAAAUAAAAGCUGCUUUGAACAAGAUGACUGAAAAUAAUCAAAUUAUGCUUGCAGAUGAUCAAGUUUUUCUUAUUUAAUUUUAUUCAAUACUCCUUUAAUAAUCAAAUUUGUGUUUACUCGCUCUCAUUUAAUGUUAUAAAUAAUAUGUAUUGUAAUAUUAAUUCCAAUGUAGUUGUAAACAAUUUUUUAUACUGUUUUUAAUAAACAAUUAUUCCAUUUGUUUAUCAAA